UCGGUUUAGUAACAGGCGUGCGGCCGGCGCGACUUGAUCGCUUCUCACUCUCUCUCUCUUUUUUUUUUUUCAAGUGUGCGUGGCAAUGAAAGUGUUGAUCCUUGUGGCCUUCGGGAUGGUUGUGGGCCAGGUCCUGGGACAGGAGCAGCUGGGAUGCAUCUGGUACGGCCAGAGCCACAUGAUUGGCAGCCACUGGCAGAAUCUGGCCGACACAGAUCCGGCCAGGCCCCUGAACAGUGCCACCGCGGAGGCCAUCUUCGCCAGGAGAUGCCCACUUCUGUACAAGGAGUACAAGGGCGAGAGCGGCCAGGACGAACUGGAGCUGUGCUGCGACGCCGACCAGAUCGACACCAUGGAAAGUGGCCUCUCCCAGGCGGACGGCGUCUUCUCGCGCUGCCCCACCUGCACCCGGAACAUGGCCCAGACGGUCUGCGCCAUGACCUGUGCCAAGAACCACACCCUCUUCCUCACCGCCUACACCGCAAAGAGUCCGGCUGAAAAGGACUAUGUCGCCUCCAUCGACUACCGGAUAUCGGAUGAGACGGUGGCCGGAAUCUACAACAGCUGCAUCGGCAUCCAGCACACCCAGACCGGCCGCCCGGCCAUGGAUCUGGGCUGUGGGGCGUACAACGCCAAGACCUGCAACUACCGGAGGUGGUAUAGCUUCAUGGGCGAUGCCAGCGGCGACUAUGUGCCGUUCCAGAUCAACUAUAUAUGGUCGGAGGACGCCGAGGAGGGCGCCGAGGAGGAGUACCUGGAGCUAUUCCCCCUCAAGUGCGACGAGAGCUACGAGGGCAGCUAUGCCUGUGCCUGCAUCGAUUGCGACGCCUCAUGUCCUUUGACAGACGCCCCCACCGGUCCCGACGAGCUCUGGAAGAUCGCCGGCCUCUAUGGGGUUACCUUCAUUGUGGGCCUGCUGAUCGCCUGCCUCUGUUCGUUCCUCAUCUUCUGGGGCGCCCGGGGAGGCAGUUCUCCGCCCAACUGCUGCAUGCCGACCCUCUUCGGGGAGUUCUUCUACGUGGGAUUCCGGCACUGGGGCACCUUCUGCGCUCGGCAUCCGGUUCUGGUGCUGGCCCUGUGCUCCUGGGCCAUCGGGGGACUGUCGUACGGCAUCCGGUACAUGUCCAUCACCACCGAUCCCGUCGAGCUGUGGGCCAGCGAGAAGAGCCAGACGAGGAUCGAGAAGGACUACUUCGACCAGCACUUUGGACCCUUCUAUCGCACCAACCAGCUCUUCAUCAAGGCCAUCAACCAGACCUACUUCACCCAUGAGGCUCCCAGCGGACUGCUCAGCUUCGGCCCGGCCUUCGAGUACAGCUUCCUGAAGGAGGUAUUCGAGCUGCAGGAGUCCAUCAUGCGACUGGGCAUGGCGGAGGGCGAGGGUCUGGACAAGAUCUGCUAUGCCCCCGUCCUAAUGGCCGGACAGGAGCCCGACAUCGACCACUGCGCCAUUCAGUCGGUCUACGGGUACUUCCAGCACGACAUGGACAAGUUCGAGAACUCCUACGUGGACAGCAACAACUUCACCAUCAACUACCUCAACCAGCUGGAGGACUGUCUCAGGGUGCCCAUGAUGGAGGACUGCUUCGGGACGUACGGUGGACCCGUUGAGCCCGGCAUUGCGGUGGGUGGCAUGCCCAAGGUGGCCGUCGGAGAGGAUCCCGACUACAUGCUGGCCACCGGCUUGGUGAUCACGUUCCUUGGGAAGAACCAGAACGAUGCCUCCAAGCUGGAGCCGAACGAGAAGUGGGAGAAGCUAUUCGUGGACUUCAUGCGGGACUACAAGAGCGAGAGACUGGACAUCGCCUACUCGGCGGAGCGAUCCAUCCAGGACGCCAUUGUGGAGCUGUCGGAGGGGGAGGUGGGCACCGUGGUGAUCAGCUACCUGGUGAUGUUCGCCUACGUGGCGGUGGCCCUCGGGCACAUCCGCAGCUGCCUGGGAUUCCUGCGCGAGUCCCGGAUCAUGCUGGCCAUCGGUGGCAUCGUCAUCGUAAUGGCCUCGGUCACCUGCAGCCUGGGCUUCUGGGGCUACCUGGACGUGACCACCACGAUGCUGGCCAUCGAGGUGAUUCCCUUCCUGGUCCUGGCCGUCGGCGUCGAUAAUAUCUUCAUCAUGGUCCACACCUACCACCGACUGGAUCACUCCCAGUUCCCUAGCACCCAUGAGGCCAUCGGCGAGGCAAUUGGACAGAUUGGACCCUCCAUCCUCCAGACCGCCGGCAGCGAGAUGGCCUGCUUCGCCAUCGGAUGCAUCGCCGACAUGCCGGCGGUGAAGACCUUCGCGAUGUACGCCGCCAUCGCCAUCCUGCUCAACUUCCUGCUCCAGAUCACCGCCUUCGUGGCCCUGAUGGCCAUUGACGAGCGCCGCUACCAGGCCGGCCGCCUGGACAUGCUCUGCUGCGUCCGAGGCGGCAAGUCCGGCAAGGAGACUGCCACCCAGCGGAGCCAGGAGGCCGGCAUGCUGGAGAGCCUCUUCCGGAACUUCUACUCGCCCUUCCUGCUGGCCAAACCCGUCAAGGUGAUUGUCCUUCUCAUCUUCACGGUGGUCACCUGCCUCUCCCUGAUGGUGGUGCCCUCCAUCGAGAAGGGUCUGGACCAGGAGAUGUCCAUGCCCAAGAACUCCCACGUGGUCAAGUAUUUCCGCUACAUGGUCGACCUGCUGGCCAUGGGUGCUCCCGUCUACUGGGUCCUCAAGCCCGGGCUCAACUACUCGGAGCCACUGCAGCAGAAUCUCAUCUGUGGCGGUGUCGAGUGCAACAAUAACUCGUUAUCCGUUCAGCUCUACACCCAGUCCCGGUAUCCGGAGAUCACCAGCCUGGCCAGGCCGGCGGCCUCCUGGCUGGACGACUACAUCGACUGGCUGGCCAUCAGCGACUGUUGCAAGUACAAUGUGACCACCUUGGGCUUCUGUUCCAGCAACUCCAAGAGCGACGACUGCCUGCCCUGCGAGAGGACCUUCACGGAGAACGGGCUCCGACCGGAUGCCGAGACCUUCAGCAAGUACAUUCCCUUCUUCCUCUUCGAUCUCCCGGAUGCCGAGUGCGCCAAGGCCGGCAGGGCCUCCUACGCGGACGCCGUUAUCUACACCAUCGAUGAGGAGGGCAUGUCCACGGUGGGAGACUCCUACUUCAUGCAGUACUCGGUGACCUCCACCACCUCCGAAGAGUUCUACUCGCAGCUGAGGGAGGUGCGAAGAAUCGCCGGCGAGAUCAACGGGAUGUUCGAGGAGAACGGCGUCGACGCCGAGAUCUUCGCCUACUGCGUCUUCUACAUCUACUACGAGCAGUACCUGACCAUCUGGGAGGACACCAUGUUCUCCCUGGGAAUGUCCCUGCUGGCCAUCUUCCUGGUGACCCUGCUGGUCACCGGCCUGGACAUCACCUCCACUCUGAUCGUCCUCUUCAUGGUGCUCUGCAUCCUGAUCAACAUGGGCGGGAUGAUGUGGGCCUGGAGCAUCAACCUGAACGCCAUCUCCCUCGUCAACCUGGUCGUCUGCACGGGCAUCGGUGUGGAGUUCGUGGCCCACAUUGUGAGGUCCUUCAAGCGGGCCGAGGGUUCGGCCCAGGAGCGGGCCCGCUACUCCCUCAACGUCACGGGGAGCAGUGUCCUGUCGGGCAUCACGCUCACCAAGUUCGCCGGCAUCGUCGUCCUGGGCUUCUCCAACUCGCAGAUAUUCCAGGUCUUCUACUUCCGGAUGUACCUGGGCAUCGUCCUGAUCGGCGCUGCCCACGGCCUGAUCCUGCUGCCGGUCCUGUUGAGUCUCAUGGGGCCGCUGGACAGCUUGAACAGGACUUCGGAGGACCCCAGGACCUCCCAAGCUUCCAGGACUGUCGGAAACUUGAGGGACCCAGAAGCUCUAAGGGCCUCAAGGAGCUCCAGGGCUUUGGAGGCCCCAGAAGAGACUAGAUCCUUGGAGGCUCCAGAAGCUUUUAGAGCCGCAAGGACCUCCCAAGCUUCUAGAGCCUCUCAAGCAUCCAGGACCUCCAGAAACUCGGAGAAUUCAGAAGCCCCGAGAGCCUCAAUGACCUCCCAAGCCUCUAGGACCUCCGCUACCGAGCCCCCUACUGUCACCCCCCCUACUGUCUGAAGAUCAAGCGACUGCCUCCUCGGAGGCUCCAAAAAGAACAAUGUAUCCUUGCAGAAGGAUAUGUCUGCUAUGUAGUUUGUAAAUUGUGGUGUGCCUGGAAGAGAGUGCCUGUGUGUCUGCGCGAGAGCUUAUUUAGUUGAAACCCCCUAGUAUUUAUGAACAAAAUGUGCAACAAGAAGCUGAAAUAAAAUAAAAAUAAAAUACA